CUACUCUCCCCUACUUUGCAAGGUAUACAAAUACAAUUUAUCAGAAGGGGCAUUCAAUCACUCCAGAAUGCCAUUAAACUCUCCCAACCAUGCAAUUGUCUACGGCGCAUCAGGCUUAAUCGGCUGGGCGCUGAUAAACCAGCUCUUGAGUCCAUAUCCUGCCGCUGGGACAUUUCAAAAGGUCACAGCUGUGACAAACAGACCCCUCGAUCCUUCGCAGACAUACUGGCCAGAGGCAGGUUCUAAUCGGCCCCAGCUGCAAUUGGCUUCGGGCGUUGAUCUUCGCAGCUGGGAUCCGGAUAGACUGGUGGAGUGGUUGAGGGAGGUUGUUGAGGAUAGUGAGGGCGUGACUCAUGUCUAUUACUUGGCCUUCGCCGCCAUGGACGACGACUUGGAAGAAGUAGCGACAAAUCGACGUAUGCUGCAAAAUGUCAUUGAUGCGCAUAACUUGAUCAGUCCGGAUUUACAGUUCGUUGCAUUUGUGGGUGGAACUAGGGGAUACGGCAUCUAUUCCGCCGGCGGAACGUUCACUCCACCUCUACGCGAAGAAUUGGUGAACAGCCUCCCAUCAGACUAUGCCAAGACAGUGGUCUAUCCAAUAUACCGCGAGAUACUCGAUUCAUCCAGCAAGGAACGGAAAUGGACCUGGUGCGAAGUGUGUCCGGACGCAAUUGUUGGGUUCACACCAAAUGGAUCACAAUUCAGCUUGGCGUUGCACUGGGCACAAUAUCUAUCCAUAUAUGCCUACAACAAUGGCAUUGGACCACAUACCCAAGAAAAAGAGGAGACCACCAAGGCAUCUGUGGAGGUCCCCUUCCCCGGGUCCACGGCUGGUGCUACGUCACUAUUCAGCCCCGUAUCCAGCAACCGACUUGCGCGAUUCAUGAUCUUCGCGUCGUUACAUCCAGAGAUGUGCGGGGGUGGUCGGUUAUUCAAUGUCGCUGACCGUGCGACACCGUGUACAUACGGGUCGCUCUGGCCUCGGUUGGCAGAAUGGUUUGGUCUUGUGGGCGUGCCACCUAUUGAAUCUGCUCCUGAGACGGAACAUAAUACUUUGAAGGUUGGGGAAGUCCCUGAGCGGGCUUCGGUACUCGCACCUGGGGAGUAUAUAACUAAAUAUCGGGACAUCUUUACCCAAAAUGGGUGUCCGAAAGCUGUUACUGGCGGGGUCGGAGUGGGGUAUCGUCAGUUGGAUAGUGUCGGGUAUUGGUUGACUUUCGAUCGGCAGUUGAGUGUGGAAAGGCUUCAGGAGACCGGUUUUGAGGGGGAUCAGGAUCCGGUAGAGGGCUGGUUGGAGAGUUUUGCGAUGUUUCGAAAAGCGGGGUUGAUUUGGUGAUUAUGUGCCGAGGAUUCAUAGAUGGGAGACCCUACUGCUACACCGGCCAGCCAUAGAACCCCGUACGCAACGCCUCAGGCUGGAAUUAUGCCCAAGUAGUUGGAAGGAGGGACUCUGUAUAUACGAAAAGUAAGCCUUACGUAAUAUCGACUGGAUCUUGCCUUCUGAAGCAGGCGCGUAGAAGGCAGAUACAUGGACCUCGACGAGGACCCGGAAGGAUUGUUAAAAGAUCGACUGAUACCAGCAGUACCAAUAGCUUAACGCAUCCUAGAUAUUCUAUUAUAAUCACAGUAUCUCUUACUGGAUUUACCAUUUGAGUCAAAAUAAU